AUCCAUCUCAUUCGCGCGGGUUAUUACAACCCUCAGUGUUCUCUCUGCAGAUCGUCAGUUGGGACCAUACGAAGCAGAGCAGUCAUGGUGUCCAAGGAAACCGAAUGUUCAUACACAAUCAAAGAACCUGAAGGAGAACAAGCAAAUGAGGCUUUUGGAAACAUAUCGGCUUGGAUAUCUCAACUAAAAAAGCAGAUCCAGGCUUCCAGAGUAGCUUCCAUAAAAGAAAAACUUGAAAGGAAUGGAAAGGAUUUACAGCACCAUACUUCUCAGCUUCAGCAGUCAGCGAUGUCUAAACAGGAACAGAAUGGGUCAAAAAACAUGCUUACCUUUAGAAUUGGCAGCCCUCUCUAUAAGUUCAACGGGUCUGUUCAUGGAUCUGGGGAAAAAGAUUACAUAAACAGUCACGAAGUAUUAUCCCCGACAGUUAUAAAGGUUCCUUACAUUGAGAAGAUUCCACCUUAUACAACUUGGAUCUUUUUGGACAAGAAUCAGAGAAUGGCUGAAGAUCAAUCAGUUGUUGGGCGAAGACAGAUUUACUAUGAUCAAUAUGGCAGUGAAGCACUAAUUUGUAGUGAUAGUGAGGAGGAGAUUGCCGAACCAGAGGAAGAGAAACAUGAGUUUUCUGAGGGUGAAGAUCAGAUUUUGUGGAAGGUCAUCCAGGAAUAUGGACUAAAUCGGGAAGUGCUUAAUAUUGUGAGCGAGUUCAUUGGAGCCACUGCAUCAGAAAUCCAGGAGAGAUACAACACACUCAUAGAGCAACAUCCAGAAAAGCAGCCCGAAAAAUUGGAAGCUUCUGCAGAAAGAGUAUCUGAGAGGAACAUAUUUCUGGGGAAAAGCCUUACUGCAGCUUUAGAUUCUUUUGACAAUCUUUUCUGUCGACGUUGCUUGGUAUUUGAUUGCCGCUUACAUGGCUGUUCUCAAAGUCUAGUCGUCCCUAGUGAAAAGCAACCAAAUUGGUGUGAAACUGAAGAGAAUGGCAGACCUUGCAGCAAUCAGUGCUUUCUGCAGGUAAUGGAAGGUGGCAGAGAUGUACUACAAAAGUCUGAUACUAGUACAAUUCCUGGUAAUAAUAGCAGAGGCGUCAUAGCUGAUGGAAGAUGCAGUUAUAGGAAAAGGGCUGCUGAUGAUAGUCCAGAAGUUUCUAUCGAAGCAUUGAACAUCAAUACAUCUGUUGUAGAUAUAUCCUCAUAUGAGGACAUGGGUAAGUACAAGGUCUUAAAGCAUGGAAGUAUGACACUGGGAAACUUGAGACCAGAUUCUGAUGGAUUUCAGGGUUCUGCUUUCCCAGGUUCUGAUGAAUUUCAGGGUUCUGCUAUCAAGAAGCAGAAAAAAAUAUUAGACUCCGAUGGAGUUUCUGUAGGUUCGGAAGAUCUGCCAGUUGAUCUUGCAUCCAGUGCCAAUAUUAUGUGUUCAGUUUCUGAAGUAUUCCUCAGCAAUGAACACCAAAAGACCAAUGAAUCUUCUCAGCAUACUUGUAUAGUUACAUCUGAUGAGAAUAAUGAGGGCAUAGAACAUCCAACAAAUAGUACCAUAGAAAUGCCUAUUAAGCAGUCAUCCAAUUCCAGAAAAGGACAAAGUGAUGGAGCUUUAAGUGGAUGUGAGUGGAAACCUAUUGAGAAAGAACUGUACCUAAAAGGAAUUGAGAUAUUUGGGAAAAACAGUUGCCUUAUAGCUAGAAACCUACUGCCUGGCUUAAAGACCUGUAUGGAGGUAUUCACUUACAUGGCUCAUGAUGGAGCUGCAAUAUCACUUGGAUCUGAUGUUCAGCCAAAUGCAUGCCUGGAAGACAAUGGAAAAGCUGAUACGGAAUAUAUGGAGCAAGAGGUGCCAACAAGAUCGCGAUUAUUCCGUCGAAGGGGAAGGGCAAGGAAGCUAAAAUAUACUUGGAAAUCUGUUGGUCAUCCAUCAAUUCGCAAAAGAAUUGCAGAUGGGAAAAAUCAGUCCUGUAAGCAGUAUACACCAUGUGCAUGCCAGCCUUUGUGUGGAAAGCAGUGCCCAUGUCUGCAUAAUGGAACUUGCUGUGAGAAGUACUGUGGGUGUUCAAAGAGCUGCAAAAAUCGGUUCCGGGGAUGCCACUGUGCCAAAAGUCAAUGCAGAAGUCGGCAGUGUCCAUGCUUUGCAGCUGGCCGUGAAUGUGACCCAGAUGUAUGUAGGAAUUGCUGGGUUAGCUGUGGGGACGGUUCCUUGGGUGAGCCACCAGGACGAGGAGAUGGUUACCAAUGUGGAAACAUGAAGCUUCUCCUGAAGCAACAACAAAGAAUCCUUCUGGGGAGAUCUGACGUUGCUGGAUGGGGAGCCUUUAUAAAGAACUCUGUUAACAAAAAUGAUUAUCUUGGAGAAUACACUGGUGAACUGAUCUCCCACCGUGAAGCAGAUAAGCGUGGGAAGAUUUAUGACCGUGCAAAUUCAUCAUUCCUUUUUGACUUGAAUGAUCAGUCUGUUCUUGAUGCUUAUCGUAAAGGCGACAAGCUGAAAUUUGCAAACCACUCGUCAAACCCUAAUUGUUAUGCAAAGGUAAUGCUGGUAGCUGGGGAUCAUCGUGUCGGCAUUUUUGCCAAGGAGCAUAUUGAAGCCAGUGAAGAGCUUUUCUAUGAUUACCGUUAUGGACCUGAUCAUGCACCAGCAUGGGCACGGAAGCCAGAGGGUUCCAAAAGAGAUGAUUCAUUAGUAUCACAUGGCCGAGCACAGAAACACCAAUCUCAUUGAUAUCUGCUAAGGUUGUCAAUGGGUCCAAUUUUUUCGGAUCACACUCAAUCAGAUCAAUGAUCGCAUCUGAUCAUACCCUUGAUGGUAAGCCCUUACCAGAUCGGAUAGUUUGUCAGCCCUAAUGGCUGCAACUUCUACAAAAUCAUAUGUUCUAUUUACUAAUCAAAGAAGGAACAAAAAAAGAAAGAAAAAUGAAAGAUCUCUCACAGGUUUAUAUUUAGAUUAAUGUCCGUUGCAUCUAGUAUUACUUAUGUUACCCAAUAAGGGAAUAGUUUGUUCAUGCUUACGCAGGUACAUAGCUCUUGUAUAUGUGUUCAUGUAUACAUUGUGAAAUCACGGAAGGUUGUUAAAAGUAAUAAGCUUAGAUUUUUUUCCCUUUUUUGAGGGGUAA